GGAAAUACUGGUAUUUGCUUGCCAUUUUAACAAAUUAUGAGCUCAUAGAAUUUUCAUAUAACAUGGAAGGUUUCAAAAAGAGAUUUAAAGGCAUACAUUGAACAAUAGAAGAGACUGUAAUGUUAAUAAGGGUUCAACUGUGUUGGUAUCUAACCCUUCUCUUCGCCAUUUUGGUGGAUUAUUUUAAUUUUUAAUUUAACCAUUAGCCUUCCAUCACUGUCAGCAGCUGUUUCAAGGUCAACUAUCAGCCUUCAUAUUCACGUCAAUAGAUAUUGUGGAAUUAUUUACAUUGGCGUUAUCUUAUUGUGUGAACUAAUGUGUGGAUUACUUUUAUUUUAAUGCUACAAAAAAGAAAAACAAAACGAACUUCUAGAGAUUUGAUUAACAUUACAUAUUGUUGAUUAUUGGUUCUGCCACAUCACGUGGCAUUCGCGACCGGUAUUACGAGGAAAACAAACAAAACAUACUAAAAAAAAUGUUUAAAAGUGUCUGAAAGUGACGCAACUACAUAACUUUAGCAAAAUGCGGGUCACGGCAAAUUUAUUCAAACCAAAAGCUUCAGAAGUUUUAACUGCUUACCUUAAGCAAUGCAACGAGCCUCCUUGGACGUCUUAUUUUGUAAAGUUCAAAGAUGUGGAGAAUGAUCAGCGAGGUUGGUCUCACUUCAAUUGGACACUAGAGAGUGGCGCAAAUUAUCAUAUACUCCGCACCGGUUGUUAUCCGUAUAUGAAAUAUCACUGCAGCAAGCGGGCUAUUCAAGAUCUUUCGUUGGAGGAUAAGUUUUUUCGAUUUUUAAAAGUAAUAAAUUUGGGACUACCAAUGCUGUUCUACGGACUAGCUGCAAUUCAUCUGAUCUCACACAAAGAAUUAGUUCAUCUGCCAAGUGGAGAGCGGAUACCUAUAUACUUUCUCUAUGCCGAAGAUAAAGGAGCACAGCACUAAUUGAUGUUUUAUACAAGCAAAUAUAUGAAUUUAUCUUUGUUGCUCCUAUCACGUUAUCAAAUAUAUGAAUUUAUCUGUGCUGUUCCCAUCACGAUGUAAUCAUUUUUAUUUCGAUAAUAAAUGUAAACUUAUGUAAUUUUGCCAUAAUGCUUAUAAAUGCAUACAUAUAUUUAUAUGAAAAUAAAAAUAUUAUUUGCAUAAACAAAUUUCAGUUUACAGUAAGUUAGUGCUAUUUUCUGAUUAGCAUUUAUAUUAGCAAAUACAAUGCCUAGAUGAUGUAGGUGCUAUAUAAAUAUAUAAUGAUUUGCGUUUAUGAAAUUGAACAAUGGAGUGUACAGUCUUGCUCCAGGGACCGGUAUUUAGUAUUAAAACCCUUAUGUACAAAAAUACAAAAAGCAGAAAACAUUGAACUGCUUAAAUGUAACUGUCAAAAUAAAGAGCUGAUAUUCAAUUUGCUGGCUGAUUUUUAAUGGGAAGAUUUCGGGAUGUGAAUGGAAUCAGUAACCGAAUAUUUGGCAAUAUGUACUGCCUUGUACCUGGUCAUGAUUUCGAAUCCUGGCCCGACCAACAGCAAAACCUAUAGUAAAUUAAUUUUAAAAA